AUGGCUAGUUCCCUGAGUGAAUUAACUUUUGAGUUUUGGAUUAAGAUAGGUAAAGAAUUACAGUUAAGUGGCAAGGAAUUAAUGACUUUUGCUGAUACCAAAUUUAAGGAAAGACUGAGCAUAGAAAAUAAAAGGAUAGAACGAGAAGAGAUGAAAGAAAAGGAGAACUGUGAAAGGGAGGAUAGAUUAUUAGAAAGAAACAGUAUGAAAGAAGAGGAGGACAGGAAACUAGAAUAUGAAAGACUUGAAUUAGAAAAUGAAAAGUUAAGUAGCCUCCAUAGUGUUAGUCCACAGUCUACUAAUGCUCAGUAUAGUUUCUCCGUUGCUAUUCCUAAAUUGAAACUCUAUGAAAGUGGUGAAGACAUUACAGCUUAUCUGAUAAGGUUUGAAAAUUUAGCAAAGAUGAGUGCAUGGCCUAAGGAAUUAUGGGCACCUAGGUUAGCUCUUUUAUUUUCGGGUGAUGCACUUAAUGUUUACUCUACUCUACCUGAUGAGGUUUGCAAGGAUUAUGAUAAAUUAAAAGAUGCUAUUUUGAAAGCAUUUCGUAAAACUACAGAACAGUAUCGUAGAGAAUUUAGGUAUGCUAAAUUUAAAGAUGAAAAUUUUAUGCAGUAUCUUACUAACCUUUACCGCCUCUUUGACUUUUGGAUAGAUAGUGCUAAAAUUGACAAGAACUAUGACAGUCUGAGAGAUUUCAUUGUAACCGACCAAUUUAUGUCUGCCAUUCCUAAAUAUAUUAGGUUAUUCCUUAUGGAACAAGGUUUUACUAAUGCUACAGAAAUGGCAAGAAAGGCUGAUUUAUAUUGUGGAGCUCAUGAUUGCUAUCCUAACAGAACUAGAGAAAAAAAUAGCAAUAAAUCUUUGAGUAAGAAAGUCCAAAUGGAACAAAAACCAGAAACUAAAGCUACCUUCAUUUCAACUAAAGAUAAAAUUCAAAUGAAGAAUCCAAUUUGCUUCACUUGUGGUGACCGUGGACAUUAUGCAAAAAAUUGUCCCAAGUCUCCCAAAGCAGAGGAGGUAAUUAAGAGGUGUUUAACAGGUAAUGAUCGUAAUCUAGGCCCUUUCUGUGCUGGUAAAGUUAAUGGACUUAAUGUUUCUACAAUUUUGAGAGAUACAGGUUGUACUUGCAUCAUGGUGUCAGACAAAAAUUUUCCAAAUAUCCAACCUGAUAAACUACCUAAAUGUACAGUUUCUGAUUACCUAGGGCGAAAAAAUGAUUUUCCUGUUACUCGAGCGAUUCUUGAGUGUCAAUUUUUUAAGGGGUGGACAGAUGUAGUAGUUGCACCUAUUGAUUGUUGUUCGGUUAUGAUUGGUAAUGUUAAAGGAGCUACUAUGCCAGAUUCUAAAGAUACUUUCCAUGCUGCGAGAGAAAAGUGCGAUUCAGUAUCUGUAGUCACCAGAUUUAAGUCUAGUAAGGAAUCUAAAAGAAUUCCUGUACAUCCUUUGUUACUACCUGCUGUAAAAGAUUUAAAUGUUAAUAACAGUGAUUUUGUGAAAUAUCAAGAAGAGUGUGCUACUUUGAAGGAUAUUAGGGAUCAGGCUAAGGAUGGUACAGUUUACACUCGUAAAAAUCAUAUGUACACUUUUGAAUAUGACAAUAACAUUUUAUUAAAGAGAAUCUUAGACUCGACUAAUAGUCAACUUGCUGGCAAGUCUUUUCUAGUUGUACCUAACCAGCUUAGGAAUAUAGUCUUAGAAGUAGCUCAUGAGUCCCCCUUCUCAGGCCAUUUUUCUCAUAGAAAAACUUAUCAGAAAAUUUCUUCACUUUACUUCUGGCCAGGCAUGACUGUUGACAUUUAUGACUUUUGUAGGAGUUGUGAUGUAUGUCAGAGGUUUGCUUCAAAGGGUAGGCUAAAAAAGGCAGAACUAGUUAAAAAUGCCUGUGAUUUCCGUACCUUUUGAGAAAGUAGCAGUGGAUAUCGUUGGGCCUAUAAAGCCAAGAUCAUCUUCAGGCUGCUCUUAUUUAUUAACUCUUGUAGAUUAUGCUACUUCCUUUCCAGAAGCAGUCCCCCUAAAAAAUAUAACUUCUAUAGAUAUAGCAGAGGCACUAGUGACCAUCUUCUCUAGGGUAGGAAUUCCUAAAGUCAUUGUUUCAGACAGAGGGGCUCAAUUCACUUCAGACUUGAUGGGUAAGGUGUAUGAGCUAAUUGGUAUAAAACCUGUGUUUACCACUCCGUACCAUCCGAUGCCUAACGGAAAAAUAGAGAGACAGCACUCCAUCCUAAAAUCUAUUUUAAAGAAGUUAUGCUAUCUUAGACCUAACGAAUGGGAUAGGUAUCUUCCUUGUGCUCUUUUUGCAAUGAGAGAGAUUCCUACAGACACUAGCGGUUUCUCUCCAUUUGAACUUUUAUAUGGGCGCCAAGCUCGAGGUCCAUUGGGCAUAUUGCAUGAAUUGUGGUCAAAUGGAAAGAUUUCGGAUGAUACGCAAACUUGCUACCAAUUUCUUCUUGAUCUUCGUUCGAGACUAGAAGAGACUGCUCAAAUUGCAGCAGAAAAUACAAAAAUUGCUAUGAAACAAUAUAAAACUUACUUUGAUGCUCAUAGUUCUAAUAGAUCUUUUGUUACAGGUGAUGAAGUUCUAGUAAUGCUGCCGGAUAUGUAUAACAAGCUGUUAUUAGCUUGGCAAGGUCCUUACAAAGUUCUAAGAAAAUUGAAUAAAGUAGAUUAUGUUUUGGAUGUUAAAGGAAAAGCUAAAGUUUUCCAUGUUAAUCUUUUAAAGAAGUAUCUUAGAAGAUAUAUGUUUUGCUUGAAUACUUUUGAUGGUUUAUCAUCUAGAGAAGUACUAGAAGAGGUUACUUCAUCUAAUGUGA